AUGGCAACGACUGUUCCUGCCUUGAAAGAUGGAUACUUUAUUUUCCUCCGGGUUGGCGACUCGAUGGCAGAUCGAUAUGCGUGCUUCGCUGAAGUAGAGAGUAUGUGUCGUAUGUUUACCGAGACGCUCAAGGUUGUCGAGGACUUAAACGCCGAGGAAGUGCUGCAGCGGAUGGAGCUCACGGUUGACUCGUUUGAACAAAUGUGCGCCUGGGAGAAUGAUCUCGACUUUAGGUUUCCCGAGAGCAGUUGGCGGGGCUGCGCGGCUUGCCUGUACAAGGGAGCGCUGGUCGCCAACCUGUCGGUCGUAGUUGUGCGCGAAGUCACAACCCGUGCACUGAAGCUCAAAUGA